AUGCCGAACCCACCGCCGAAAGAAGAUACUUGGGCCUUCCAACCAAUCGGAGCACCAUUCCCACCAAGUCCAGUCAAAUGUAUGGGAGAGCAGAACAUGUACGUGGCUCUGUGGUACAAACACGGAAAGCCGAUUCAUGGACGUUCGUGGAACAAUGGAGGAGUUGUCGAGUGCUCGUUCCCGUAUAAGGAGGCUGAGUUGACCACCAAGGCGCAGUUGGAGGGACAGAUUCAGGUUCUUCAAUAUCUCGGAGACCACAACAACCAAGGAUUCUGGUACGAGUGGAUCAAGUACAAGGACCGUAUUGAGAAGCUCGAUGACAAGCAUCAACUCGUUCGUUGCGGAGACUCGUUCCCAAUCUUCUGGAAACGUGCCGAGGGAAACCUUCUCGGAUACGUUGACAACAAGACCGAGGACGCCUGGUUCUCGUUCAACGGAAAGGUGAUCAAACAAACUGGACCACAACUCAAUGACAUGUACAUCAUCACUCGUAACUGUGUUGGUGGACCACCACAUUGUCCGUGCGCUGCUUGCGGAGCCGCUCCACCACCACCGAAACCAGUGCCACGUGUCGAGAGAGACGAAUGGAUGGAUAUUCGUGAGGGAGAUCCAUGGCCGACUCGUACCUUGGUCAAGGCGCUGGACAAGACUUUGGACACAUUGCCAGGAGUCAAUCCAGAUCAAUAUGUUGCUCUCUGGUACAUGCAAGGAGAGCCAGUCAUGGGACGUGUCUGGAAUGAGGGAGGAAAGAUCGCUGCCAACUUCUCUUGGUUCAACAACGAGUACUGCAAGAAUGUCGGAUCUAUCCAACUUCUUGUCCAUCUUCCGGAUAGCGUCCGUGGUUUCGACUAUGGCUGGAUUCCAUUCCCAGAGGCUGCCAAGUUCGGAGACAAGGUCUGGCACCCAGUUCACGUUAACAACCACAAGGGAGACAUCUCUGUGGGAGUUGUCAAUGUCGCUGGAGGAAAGCAGAUCUUGGCCAAGGUUGACGUCCGUAACGAGAAGUAUGGAUACGGAUACCAAGGAAAGGAGCACUCUGCCACCGCCAAGAACUGUGCCGACAACACUAUCGUCCUCUGCCGUAAGGCUAAGGCUGGAUACAAGUUGGACGGUUAA